CCAAGCCGCGCCUGGUUUCCUCUCGGUGGGACAGGGGGGGCUGACCGACGGACGGACGACAGCCCAUCAGCAGAAAAAAACACCAUGUGAAGAAAAACUAUAUAAAAAGGGACACGAAAAACAAACUUGCGAGGGUGAGAACCUAUUUACCCGUCUCGACACAACGCGGUCAGCGUUUCUAACGGCUCAGCAGAGAACGAAUGGACAGAGCGCGAGAGGAGCAGGACAGUCUCACCUACGGUACGAGCCAACCGUCCGACCGUUUACAUUGUGUCUGCCUGUCAGCCGUUGGGGAUGGUACAGGAUUCACCGGGUGAAACAGUAGCAGUCACGUAUACCAUGCCGACAAGUGAUGGCCCCAGCCGCUUCCCGGUCUUUGUGGCCCCACCCCACAACAACCACCAGAGGUCUCCAGGUUAUGUCCCCGGGCGGGUGGCUCCAGUCCGCUCGGCACCACCUGCCAAAGCUCCACCGCCUCCACCGAUGAAACCUCACGGCCCCCCGCCAGAGCGACGAGCCACUUUCAACCUGUCAGAGGAGAACCAGCGUAGGGAGCGUACUAGGAACCUCCAGCAAAGAAAGAACACAUUUAUCUGUUUUGGAGUGUCGAUGGGGGCUUUCUUCCUCACCCUCAUUCUCGUCCUUAGUCUCACAAGUGGAGAAGUGUUAGACGAGAAUUGUCCGGACCACAACCUAUCCCUUAGUAGCUGGAACCCAGGCCACCAACCACAGAAGGCUGUGAUCGUCAGGAGGGGACAUUUCCUUCGAUUGGAUGCUUCUGCCACCUUUCAUACACUAACCAUCCAGUCCGGAGGUCAGGUCGUUUUUGCAGACAACGCUGAAGGCUCCAAAAACAUAACCUUGAGAACUCGUCACAUCCUUAUAGAAGACGGUGGAGCCCUUCACAUCGGUGCGCCUAAAUGUCGCUACCGUUCUCGCGCCACCAUUGCCCUUGUGGGUCGUUCUGACGACAAGGCAGUGCCUGAAGUGCCUGGUAUGGGCCGCAAGUUCAUAGGCGUCAUGAGCGGUGGGACUCUGGAGCUACAUGGUACUGAGAGAGUUUCCUGGUCUCUGCUGACCCGAAGUGUCCCGGCCUCAGGUCUCGUCACAGGGAGUUAUGCCUUCCAGCGGAACUUCAGCAGAGGCAUCAACUUGCGCGUGGUGGACCAGGACACCGCUGCUGUGCUGUUCUCUGAACGCUACGACACACAUGACUCUCGUAAUGACAGCCGGCAGCUCACCCAGCUGCUGCGGACCCUGCCGGAGGGCCGCAUUGUGACUCUGGCUAUAGGAGACUCGGCUGUCAAAAGUCUUCUGGAUGAAACUAAGAAAGCCAUUGAAGAGAAGCUUGGCAGCAGCUUUGUAUAUGAUCUCAAAUACAGGCAGGCGUGGGCUUUGGUCUCGGUGGUGGGUGGUGGUAACGCUUCGUGCUCAGAGGACGUCAGGGAACAUGAAAACCACGACACAGGAGGGAAAGCUCUGGCAAGACAGAACUUCACCACCGUGGACGGAGUGGGCUUCUCGGUCACCGCCUACAGCGAGUGGAAGAAUGGUUUCCCCAUCUCAGGCUUCCAGGUGGAUGCUGUGGAUCAGGUGGUGCUGAACCUGCAGGAUGAAGUGCAGCAGACCUGGCAACCCGGGGAUCAGAUUGUAAUUGCCAGCACAGACUACUCCAUGCACCAGGCUGAAGAGUUUACCUUGUUGCCCUGCUCUCACUGCAGCAGCAGGCAGGUCAGGAUACAAGGGAAGCCUCAAUACAACCAUGUUGGAGAGAUCAUAGAUGGGGUCGACAUGCGUGGUGAAGUAGCUCUGCUCUCCAGAAACAUUCUCAUCUACGGAGAAAUGGAAAACUUGUGCUACGGAAACAACGCAUGCCAGUUCUACAGCCACGACACCUAUGGAGGCCACAUCAAGAUCUUUGGUAACUUCUCAUCAGUGCAUCUGUCCCACGUGGAGCUGAAGAACAUGGGCCAGCAGGGCGAGCAUGGUCGUUACCCCCUCCACUUCCACAUGUGCGGGGAUGUGGACCAGAGGGGAGGCUACCGGGAGCCCACCUAUGUAGACGGACUCUCCAUACAUCAUUCCUUCUCCCGCUGCCUCACCAUUCACGCCACCAACGGUUUGCUGGUGAAGAACACUGUAGGCUAUGACACCUUGGGUCACUGUUUCUUCCUUGAGGAUGGGAUCGAGCAGCGUAACACUUUCUACCACAACCUCGGACUGCUUACUAGACCCGGGACUCUGCUGCCCACUGACCGCAACGAGACCAUGUGCACAAGCAUCAAGGACAAAGUCUACAAGGGCUACACGCCCUCACCCAGCACAGAGUGCAAGGCAGUUUCAACAUUCUGGAUCGCCAACCCCAACAACAAUCUCAUCAGCAAUGCAGCUGCUGGUUCUCAGGAUGCUGGCAUAUGGUUUGUGUUCCACAGCGCUUCCACUGGAGACUCUCAUGGGCUGGUACCAGAGACCAAAGCAGAGCUCACUCCCUUGGGGAUUUUUUACAACAACCGCGUACACUCCAACUUUAAGGCAGGGCUGUUCAUUGAUAAAGGAGUGAAGACCACCAAUGCUAGCGCUGCCGACCCCCGGGAAUACUUGUGUCUAGAUAACAGUGCCAGAUUCCGACCACACCAGAAUGCUGACCCGAGCCAACCGCGGGUUGCGGCAGUCAUUGACACGCUGAUCUCCUUCAAGAACAAUGACUUAGGAGCGUGGAUACGGGGAGGUGACAUCAUCAUCCAGGACUCUGGAUUUGCAGACAAUGGAGUGGGGUUGUCUUUUGCCAGUGAUGGCAGCUACCCUAAGGAUGAAGGCUCUAGCCAGGAGGUGACGCAGUCUCUGUUUGUGGGUGAAAGCCGAAACAGAGGGACCAAUGGAGGACAGAAUAAAUACUGGGGUUUAGGAGGGACUGAUGCAAAGACGAGGACACUGCCUAGAAACAGGACGUUCCCAAUCCGAGGUUUCCAGAUGUAUGAUGGUCCGGUGCGGCUUACACAGUGUACAUUUCGUGGAUACAUCCCCACACCAGAGCGUUAUACCAGCGCUGUGGGAUUCAACCUGAAGAACACCUGGCAGCUCACCCCACGAAACAAUCUGUCCCAGCUCAACUUUCAGUCCACUGUUGGUCUGCGAACGUUCUUUGGCCGCCCGGGGCAGUGGUUUGAAGAGAACGACCUGGACGGAGACAAAAACUCCAUCUUUCACGAUGUGGACGGGUCAGUAACAGGCUACACAGACACCUACGUCGGCAGAGCAGACAAUUACCUGAUCCAACAUCCUGACUGUGUGAACAUGUCCCAGUGGAGUGGAGUGAUCUGCAGUGGCCGCUACUCUCAGGUUUAUAUCCAGACCCAGGGAGCCCCCAACCUCAGUUUAUCCAUCAGCAGAGAUGAAUACCCUGAUGCUCCUCUGGUACUGAGGGGGAUUAACAGCCAGGGGGCGCUGUCUCAGCAGUACCAGCCCAUCCUGAUGAUGAGCAAGAGCUACUCUCUGCACUGGAGUGGAUCUGCGCCCAGAGAGGUGGUCCUCUCCCUCAUCAACUUUGACAAAGAUGACUGGGCGUUGGUGGGACUCUGUUACCCAUCAGACACCACAUUUCAGAUCAUGGCCGACAUCAAUGAUAGACAAAGCAACACCUUUGAUGACCUCACAGACUACGGCACUGUGACAUCCCUUGCAGAGCUGGAGAAGAGGCCGAUGGAGAGGAAGUACUUCUUUGACCGACCUGUUGGCUUGUUGUGGUUCUACCUUCGGGCCCGGCAUGGUCGUGACGGUCACAGCUACUGUUCAGCAAAAGGCUGCGAAAGAGUGAAAGUCUUGGCCACCACGUCCUCCAAACAGACCUGUAACUGUACAGCCAGGGCCUACCCCAAGUACUCCAAGACACCCUCUGCAGUGGUACCUAUGCCGGCCCUCAAUGCACAACCCUGCAAAGGCUGUGGUGCUAAAAAGCUUGUGUUUUCCAGUGAGCCAUGGACCUUCUACCUCCAGACACAAGUCAAGUCUCUCAGCAGCAAAGAGCAGCAGAGAGGAGAUGACAGCUCCUUUAUCAUUGUGAAUGAGGUGACCAUGCCCUUCUCUCAGGAUGGGUAUUUCCUGGUCUCUGUGGAUGCCUGCUCUGGGAAGGUCACCAAGAACACCUCAUUUGCCAAGAUGGACACCAAGAUGGAACAGUACCUAAAAACUGGAAUGCCAAAGAGGUCUAUUGUGCUCAUGGCAACGCGAGGUCAGCCAGAAGGCCUGGUUAGUGUAGCACCAUAUCUGGUCUCCUUUGGAAUGGCCAAAGCUGCUGAUCUGCGCAGUAAAGAGAGUCUGGCACUUUGGGGGUUCCAGGGCGGUUCUUCACCCCCUCCUUGGGUCUCGCUACAAGCCGGGCAGGGGGAUGAGUUCCUGGGGCUGCAGGAGCGGUACUUGCCUCUUGGUUUGGAGGCAUACGGCUGUACCCCACCUGCAGCUCAAACACGCAAAGACUUGGAGCUACUCAAGACAGCCACGGGACUACAAUGACCAAUGUGAACUAUACAACUCAACUACCCAGAACACUCUUGCACACAGAUACACAAACACACACAACCAGCUUAUGAAUGUGAACUGCUGAACCUUUAAUUUAUUAACAAUGGCAAAGAUGUUUACCAAUUUAGAGUGGGGAAGAAGGUAUGUUUAAUGACGUGGGGUGAAUAUUUUUUUGAUUUUUGUGUGUGUGUGUGUGUGUGUGUGUGUGUGUGUGUGUGUGUGUGUGUGUGUGUUUGUGUGUGUGUUUUGCGCGUAUGUUUGUGUAAGUUUGCCUUGGGGCUGUUGAGUCAAUGCACUUUUUCUUUUAAAGACGCAACUUGCCUUACCAGCCAAAGUGAUCACAUGGAGCUUUUUAAUAACUCUGUAGUUUAUCUUGGAACAGAAAAACAAACCCAAAGCAACCUUUAACAUUUACCUACCAAUCUUAUUAUUUAUUAUGUAGCAAAUGAAAACCGAAUGAAUUGAAUUCAUUCAUAAAACCGAACACAGUGCAUUAGAUACACACAGGCAGGAAGGAAAUUAUGACAAUAAAUCGCAUUGUCCCUGAAAUGACACCGUGUUCGAUUGGAACAGAGAAUUAAACAAGAUGGAUUAGAUGAGCUCAGGUCAAAGGGAAAUAAUGAAAAUAAAUGCCAUUCCAUCUGAUAAAUAAACAGCAAUAUUAAGCCAAAAAAGAACAUGUUAAAACAAGCCAUAAUCAUGUUAAUAUUUAAAGUGAUUAUAUAGACCUAUGGUAGUUUGCAGUAAAAUGACAAUAUUGCCUUUGUAACAUACACAAAUGCCUACUACACAUACUAUGUAGGCUAUUAUUCUCUUUCCAACAAUCCUCACACAUCUUACUUUCAUUUUGAUUUCUGUAACAACUGAAUCUUUGACUGGAAAACCUCCUCUGAUCAUCGUGCAGCUGUACAACUAAAGACUUUAAGCACCUUUUCCUAUGGAUUCCUACAUGGACUUACUGGAUCUUUUAUCUCAUAUUUUUUUAUUUAUCUCUUCACAGCGAUGGUGUUUCAAGUGUCGCCACAUGUGCAGCACAACUAUCUAUAUAUCUAUAUAUAGAUAUAUAGAUAUAACUUUUCUUUUUUUGUUGUUUUCUUAAACAUAAUUGAAUGUUUUACCUUUCAUCUGCCUCAUUCAUGACCGUUUCAUGUGCAUUAUUGCCAGAACCGUGUUUGGAUAGAAUACAGGGUGACUUUUUAGAGUUGGCACCCUGCAAAGCUGCAACAUGCAUACAGAUCAUAUACCAGCCGAAAGGUAUAAGGCUUUAUUUUGAGGCCUACAGUAUGUAAUCUUUUAAUAGGGUGUUUCGAUGUGAUCAGGGCUCCCCCACUGAGCAGUGAUAAUUACGUGUGUGUGUGUGUUGUGUUGUGUGUUUGUGUGUGUGUGUGUGUGUGUGUGUGUGUGUGUGAGUAUAUGACUGACCAUGUGAGACAGAGAACCUCUGGAGGACAAUGACCUUGUUGCCUUUUAACCACUCUACUGUUAAAAAGAGCAAAAGAACGAGAAAUAAAUAUUUCCAGCCCUUGCCUUUUGUUCAACUGAAGCUUUGAAGAUGCACAACCGGAGAGUUCUUAUUGUUUCAAUUAGAAGUGAGCUUUGUAAAUAAUGUGUUUAAUGUUAGAACUCAAACUGUAAUAGAAAUGUCAAACAGGUUGUCAAUAGUGUGUGUAUUUACUGUGUGUUUGAUUGUUGUCAUUUGAAAAAAAUUAAGCCGAUUCUUUCAACGUGGAAAACUCAGCAUUUGUUAUGAAAUUGCCAAUUGAAUAAACAUUUAUGCUUUGUGAUAAAAUCAGGCAAAGUUUUUAUACGUGCUGUGUUUCGCAUCAGUUAUACAAUUGUACCACUAGAGGGCAGCCAAGUAUUCUUAAGGAAUCAAAUCCACACUUUCAUAAUCUGAGAUGCUGAAAUUAAGUCAGUACAGUAAAUUGUGACAGUGUGUGGAUUAAAAAGUACGACCUGUAUAUGUUUGUAGUAUGUAUCUUCUGAAAUGAUAUUAAAAUGGUCAGUUUUUCCA